GCAUUUGUAUUUGAAGGCGAGUUAUCCGAAAGUAUUCCUGUGGUCCAUGCUUCCAUUGCAGGAUGCAGAAUCAUUGGAAGAAUGUGUGUGGAUUUGUCAAUGUCAUUCCUCAUUGGGAUAGCAUGGUGGAAGUCGAGCCCCGCGGAUAUCACAAAAGUCACAUGUUUAUCAAAGUAUACAGAGACCCCAAUUCACCUGUUAGAUGGAUUCAGACUAGCAGAAAACAUGGGCCAGGAUUCUGUACUUAGCAAGAACUACUAUUUUCCAUACAGUAAUCGACAUGGGUUAAUGGUCCCUAAUAACACGACAGAUCAGGAGUUACAGCAUAUCCGCAAUUGCCUGCCAGACUCUGUGGCCAUCCAGAGAGUUGAGGAGCGUCUUUCUGCACUCGGGAAUGUAAUUGCCUGUAAUGACUACGUGGCUCUGGUGCACCCGGACCUAGACAGAGAGACCGAGGAGAUCUUGGCUGAUGUGCUGAAGGUGGAGGUUUUCCGACAGACUGUUGCUGGGCAGGUUCUAGUGGGCAGUUACUGUGCUUUCAGUAACCAGGGAGGUUUAGUGCAUCCAAAGACAUCCAUUGAAGACCAAGAUGAGCUUUCAUCCCUGCUUCAAGUUCCACUGGUGGCUGGUACAGUGAAUCGUGGUAGUGAGGUUAUCGCUAGUGGGAUGGUGGUGAAUGAUUGGUGUGCUUUCUGUGGACUUGACACGACCAGCACCGAGCUAUCGGUUAUUGAGAGUGUUUUUCGAUUAAAUGAAGCCCAGCCCAGUGCAAUUGCAACAAGUAUGAGAGAUUCACUGAUUGAAAGUUUAACAUAAAGGAACAGGCAUGGAACAAACCUCUGGAGGGCAAUGUGCUGCUCUUCUAUUUCGACAGAACAGACACGAGAGAGAGAGAGAGAGAGAUCAUUGUUUGCUCUGAACUGAUUCACCAUUCUUACUGUAACUCC